AUGUCAUCAACAAUGAAGCUGCAACGUGUUAUUCUGGUUAUUGGUGCAAAUAAAGGCAUUGGUUUUGAAGUCAUCAAGAAACUUGUUCAGCAGCCAUCGUCGACUAGCAACGAUCUUAUUCUUCUUGGUAGUCGUGAUUUGAAACGUGGGAAAGAUGCACUUUCACAGUUGGGUUCUCCAACAAACGUAUACCUUCUUCAGUUAGAUACAUCGUCAAAAGAGAGCAUCUCUUAUGCCACCAAUGAAAUUAGACAAAAGUACGGGGGUCAAUUGGACGUAAUUAUCAACAAUGCGGCUAUUAUACCAAAAGAUGAUUCUGUUGAGGCUGCUCGAGAAACACUGGCUACCAA